UUCCUCCACUUGAUCUCCCCCACCACCACCACCAGCAGCUCACUCCUCAGCCACACACACACACAAUUCAGCUCUCCGGCGAGAAACCCACCAGCGCUCGGGCAGAAAAGGCGCGACCUUUGAUCGGUUCCGGUCCGAUGAGCCUGUGGACGGACUACGACGACGCCUCCGCCACCGACCUCUCCCCCUUCUGGCCGCAGCCGCAGCCGCAGCCGCCGCAGCCGCAGCCGGCCACCCCCCCUCCCCCCCCGCCGGCGCUGCUCAACCAGGAGUCGCUGCAGCGGCGACUCCAGGCCCUGAUCGAGAGGGAGGGGGGAGCGGCGGCGGCGUGGACCUACACCAUCUUCUGGCAGUCCUCUGGGGACUACGCUAACCCGGUCCUCGGUUGGGGCGAUGGGUAUUACAAGGGCGAUACCAAAGCCAAGGGCAAGGCCACCGCUUGCUCUCCGGCCGAGCAGGAGCACCGCAAGAGGGUCCUCCGCGACCUCAAUUCGCUGAUUUCCGGGUCCGCGACCGCCGAUGAUGCGAUUGAGGAGGAGGUGACCGACACCGAGUGGUUCUUCUUGCUCUCCAUGACCCAGUCGUUCGCCCAUGGCUUGGGGUUGCCGGGUCGGGUCUUCUUCAGCUCGAAUCCUCUGUGGGUCUCGGGGGCCGACAGGUUGGCGAGCUGCGGGUGCGAGAGGGCUCGGCAGGCGCAGGUCUUUGGGUUGCAGACCAUGGCGUGUGUCCCCGUGUUGAACGGUGUGGUCGAGCUGGGUUCCACCGAGCUGAUCUUCCAGAGCUCCGAUCUGAUCAACGGAAUUAGGGGGCUAUUCAAUUUCCACGAUCCGGAAAUGGGUUGUGGUAGUAGGGUUUUGAACUGCGAGAAUGACCCGACCUCACUUUGGAUCUGCGAUCCGCCGGUCGCGGUGGAGAUCGACAAUCGUUCUAUGACGUUUCAGAUAGAGAACCCCAGCUCGAGCAGCCUUACCGAAAGCCCCACGGCGAUCUGCACGAGAAAUGAUCAGCAGGGCGGCCAAAACCAGCAGCAGAAUGAGGGGUUUUUCGCGAAAGAAUUCAACUUUGCGGAAUACGCGAUUAAUUCUAGUAGCAGAAGCAAUGGAGAUUCUCAUCCUAUGAAGCCAGAAUCUAUUGAAGUACUGAAUUUCGGAGACAGUGGGAGCGGAAGGUUGCUUUCGGGUCAUUCGCAGGUCGCGGUUGCCGAGGAGACCACGAAGAAGAAGAAGAAGAGGUCGGCUACUUCAAUCGGUAGCAAUGAAGAAGAAAUGAUGUCCUUCACUUCUGGAGUGAUUGUGCCUUCUUCAGGAAUGUUGAAAUCGGUCAGUGGAGCGGGGGAUUCGGAUCAUUCGGAUGUUGAAGCCUCAGUGGUCAAGGAAGUCGAGAGCAGCAAAGUCGCAGAACCUGAAAAGAGGCCGAGGAAGCGGGGUAGAAAACCUGCAAACGGGAGGGAGGAGCCUUUGAACCACGUUGAGGCAGAGAGGCAGAGGAGGGAGAAGCUUAAUCAGAGGUUUUACGCCCUCAGGGCCGUGGUUCCGAAUGUAUCGAAGAUGGAUAAGGCUUCACUGCUCGGAGAUGCGGUGUCCUAUAUCAAGGAGCUUAACUCGAACCUACAAGCUGCAGAGUCCGAUAAGGAGGAUUUGCAGAAGCAGCUGGAUGAACUAAAGAAGCAAUCAUCGAAUAAAGAAUGUAUCGUGUUGGAGCAAGAUCGCAAAAUGGCAAAAGCUACAGGAAGUAGGUCCACUGAAGUGGCAAUCGAUGUGAAGAUAAUGGGAUUGGAUGCGGUGAUUCGAGUAGAGAGCGGCCGGAAGGAUCAUCCUGCGGCAAGGUUGAUGGUGGCUCUUCAAGAAUUGGACUUGGAGUUGCAGCAUGCUAGUGUUUCUGUGGUGAACGAGCUCAUGAUCCAGCAAGCCACAGUUAAGAUGGGGAGUCAGUUCUACACUCAGGAGCAGCUCAAGGCGGCUCUAUUGGCCCAAAUCUGAGUAACUUUGAAGGAUUUCGUUCUGUGCAAGUUGGCAUCGACUAGACAAUGGAAUUGAAGUUUCUCCAUUGAAAGCGAGAACCUGCGCAAUAUUUUCAGGUUCCGGGUGGUGCGAACUCUUUGAUCAACGAGCUUUGUUUAGUUGUGUUGUUGUUUCUGGUAGAUUAAACCCCUAGAUUGCAAGUUGAAGUAAAUAGCCUAGUUCUAGCAGAUAGCAGUUUUUUCACGUUCAUCUCCUGCCUGUCUUCGAUGUAAAUAGAUGUUCCAAAUUUGAAACUGAUGAGAGCUGUUUCCUCAUCCUUUGUUGGCUUGUUCUGCUGUUUGUUGGGUUCAGCCAGGAUCAUGUCUCUUGUACACCAAGCAUCCUGUAAUCAAUGGGCAAGUGUGGCACGGUAAAUUUAAAACUGUCUUCCUGUCAAA